UAUUUGGCGCUACCUUAAAGUCACGUGUCAUCAUGGUAUAAUCAUAUGCUUAUUUGUUUUUAAACGACGUCCAACUCUCACUACUCUUAACCAUCAACACAUACUUUUAUUUCUAAACCAAUAGAAGCCCUCGUGAUGGAGAAGCAAGAAGCAGAGCUUAUCUUCAUCCCUUUCCCGAUCACCGGACACCUUCUCGCCACCAUCGAACUCGUAAAAAUUAUCCUCAGCCACGACCCUCGUCGGAUCAACACCAUCACCAUCCUCAACUGGGGUUUACCUUUCCUCCCUCAGUCCAACAACGACGCUUCCCUCCAGUCCCUAGCCAAGUCAGAGCCUCGAGUCCGUAUCGUCGCUUUACCCGAGCUCGCAAACCCUCCACCGAUGGAGUUCUUCGUAAGAGCUCCCGAAGCUUACCUUCUUGAAUUCGUCAAGAGAAUGGUUCCUUUGGUGAGAGACGCUGUCUCGACUCUCUUGUCUUCUUCCCGUGAUGGAUCAGACUCGGUUCGCGUCGUGGGAAUUGUCCUCGACAUGUUCUGUGUCCCUUUGAUGGAUGUCGGAAACGAGUUGUGCCUCCCUUCGUACAUUUUCCUCACUUGUAGCGCCGGUUUUUUGAGUUUGGCGAAACACAUCCCGGAGAGGCACCUUCGUGUGAAGUCCGGAUUCGAUCGGAGCUCCGGCGAGGAGGAGAAUACUGUUCCUGGAUACGUCGCCUCCGUUCCGACCAAGGUUUUGCCACUUGGUCUGCUCACGAGCGAGUCCUACGACGCAUGGGUCGAUAUGACCGGAAGGUUUCAUGAAGCUAAGGGUAUUUUGGUAAAUUCGUCUAUUGCUAUCGAGCCUAACGCCUUUGGUUAUUUCGAUCGUAUACCAGUAAAUGAAUACCCACCCGUUUACCCAGUGGGUCCGAUUCUCUGCUUCAACGACCGUCCAAUUUUGGACCCGUUGGAGCGAGAUCGGGUCAUGACGUGGCUCGACGAGCAACCAGAGUCAUCCGUAGUGUUCCUCUGUUUUGGGAGCUUGAAGAAUCUCGCUGCGACUCAGGUUAAGGAGAUAGCUCAAGCUCUAGAGAUCGUCGGCUGCAGGUUCCUCUGGUCGAUUCGAACAGACCCGAAGGAGUACCCAAACCCGUUUGAAAUUUUACCAGACGGGUUUAUGAACCGGGUCUCGGGUCUGGGCUUUGUGUGCGGUUGGGCUCCACAAGUUGAGAUUCUGGCCCAUAAAGCAAUCGGAGGAUUUGUGUCUCACUGCGGUUGGAACUCAAUACUUGAGAGUUUGCGUUUCGGUGUUCCAAUCGCCACGUGGCCGAUGUACGCGGAGCAGCAGUUAAACGCGUUCACGAUGGUGAAGGAGCUUGGUUUGGCCUUGGAGAUGCGUUUGGAUUACGUGCUAGCAGAUGGAGAAAUAGUGAAAGCUGAUGAAAUCGCUAGAGCCGUCCGAUCUUUAAUGGAGGGUGAAGAUGUGCCGAGGGGGAAACUGAAGGAGAUAGCUGAAGCAGCAAAAGAGGCUAUGAUGGACGGUGGAUCUUCGUUUGUUGCGAUUGAAAGAUUCAUCGACGAGGUGGUGGUAUCUGCUAUGGAUUGUUCCAAGUCUAGAGAAUACUAAAUCAUCUUACAUAUACUUGAUGAAAAAGUUGAAGUUGAGGAGAAAUAAAUAAAUAAUAUUAAAAGUCUA